AGUGUCUUCUUCUCAGUUGCUCAGCGCUGAUGUGUUCAAACCCGAGGACAUCAUGACCGGAGGACCGAAGGACGGCGACACCGAGGAGGAGUUUCUGCGUUCGCCGUUCAUCCGAAAACAAGGGAACAUUUACAAACCCAACAACAAGGACAUGGACAACGAGAGUCUGAACGAGAAGACGAUGGAGGACUUCCACACCAAAGAGAUCGACCUGGUCAACCGGGACCCCAAACACAUCAUCGAUGACGUGGUCAAGGUGGACUUUGAAGAUGUGAUUGCUGAGCCGGCCUGGACCUACAGCUUCGACGGUGUUUGGAAAGCCAGCUUCACCACCUUCACCGUCACCAAGUACUGGUGCUACCGACUGCUGACGGCGCUGGUCGGGAUCCCCCUGGCUCUGAUCUGGGGGGUUUUCUUUGCCAUCCUGUCCUUCAUCCACAUCUGGGCCGUGGCUCCGUUCGUGAAGAGCUUCCUGAUCACCAUCCACUGGGUCAGCCGUAUCUACUCCAUCACUGUGCACACCUUCUGCGACCCACUGUUCGAGGCCAUGGGCAAGUGCCUCAGCGGCGUCCGAGUCCGCACGUCCAAGGAGGUGUAGUGACCGAAAGGGGGAGAAAGAGGAAUAUCACGGGGGGGAGGGGGAGGGAG